UUCUCACCAAUCGCUGGUCACAUCGACACACCCUCAAAGCAGUUCCUUUUUUUUUAUUUCGAAUGCAACCGAUACAGUCAACAAUUAAACAAUAUUUAUCGUAUUGUAAUAUUACGUUUAAUUUUUAUAUUAAUAAACAAUUGAAUUGCUGUCGGGCGAGUGAAUUAACGUAAAAUCGUAGUUGUAAUUUGUAACAAAGUGAAAGUAGACACAAUGAGUGAACAACAGAUGGACUGUGCACUUGAUUUGAUGAGGCGUUUGCCACCUCAGCAGAUUGAGAAAAAUCUGAGUGACCUAAUUGAUCUUGUACCAUCGCUGUGCGAGGAUCUAUUGUCAUCAGUCGAUCAGCCACUCAAAAUAGCCAAGGACAAGGAGUCUGGGAAGGAUUAUUUGCUGUGUGAUUACAACAGGGACGGUGACUCGUACAGAUCACCGUGGAGCAACACGUACGACCCACCCCUGGAGGACGGCUCAAUGCCCUCAGAAAGACUGAGAAAACUCGAGAUAGACGCAAAUCACGCAUUCGAUCAGUACAGGGAACUCUACUUUGAGGGUGGUGUGUCAUCGGUUUAUCUCUGGGACUUGGAUCAUGGAUUUGCUGGUGUUAUAUUAAUUAAAAAAGCUGGCGAUGGCUCCAAGAAGAUUAAAGGCUGUUGGGACUCUAUACACGUUGUUGAAGUACAAGAAAAAACAACUGGUAGGAAUGCUCAUUAUAAGUUAACGUCUACCGCUAUGUUAUGGCUACAGACGAAUAAACAUGGCUCGGGGACUAUGAAUCUUGGUGGUAGUCUCACACGACAGGUCGAACAAGACUGGCCAAUAACUGAAACAUCCCCACACAUCGCAAAUAUUGGUCGCAUGGUAGAAGACAUGGAGAAUAAAAUUCGUAAUACACUGAAUGAAAUAUAUUUUGGUAAAACGAAAGAUAUUGUCAAUGGCCUGAGGUCUGUGCAAUCGCUGGCAGAUCAGAGACAGCAAGCAGCACUGAGACAAGACCUUGCUGCUGCUUUACAGAGGCGAAAUGCUAACAAUUGAUCUCACGAUAAUCAUGAGAGCUUUCAAUACCAUUGUGAUUAGAAAAUGAUGAAAAUAAAAAAAAUGCAACAAAUAAUAUGAAGUGAUGAGAGGAGAGGCAUAAAACAUUGAGAACACUGGCAUAAGAGAAAAAAAUACAGACAUAAAGUACAGAUGGAAAUAUGACACGUUGCAUUCAAUUAAUACAGAAACACAGACAAUUGAAAACACCACGUGGACUCGAUUACAAUUGAUACCCAAUUCAGUUGCGACACUUUGUUAUUAUUCUCUAGAUUUAAAAUAAUGCGGGGAAUUUAUUAUGGGGUUACUUAAAGAGGACACUUAUGUUAUUUGUUUGUUUAAAAGUAUUUGAAGAAUUAAUUAAAUGAAAAAAAAAAAGAAAAUCAUAGCUGCAUAAUUGGUAUUUACUGAAUGAAAUAACUGCAUAAGUUAAGUGGGCAACGUUGAGGGGAGCCAACGAUGAAGAUGUAUUUGUAUAAAUAAAUUUCAUUUUGUUAUAAAGUCCUACGCUUGACUAUAAGUUUUCAUUAUUAUUUUUUUCUGUUAAUUCUAGGAUUUUUCAUUUGUCUCGCUGAACGAUAAUGAAACACUGACUAUUGUUUAUGUAAUCAAUAGUAUUCGAUAAAAGACUCUUCCAAUCAAAAAUAUCCUCUUAAGGAACUCCUUAAAAGGUGCCUUGGGUUUUUCCACGUCGUUUCUUGCUGUUAAUUAUUUAUUAGAAACUUCAGUAUUUUUCUGUUCAAUUCAUCUACAAGGAAACAAAUGACACUGUGAUUUGGCAUUAUCAAUUCAAAAUCAUAGGCUCUGGAGACUGAUAUUUUGCAUUAUCAAGUAUCAUCAUUUUUCCCUCACUGAACAAUUUAAAUAUUAUACAUAAUAUUCAAUUGAGAAGAAAAAAAACUAUCACUUGUUAAAAAUUUUUAUCAUACAAUAAUUAAGAGUCGAAUGUGUUUUCACUUACCAUGUAAAAAACAUAAUGUAGAUAAAAAUUUAUAAAGUAAUCUAAUGUCAAUCGAA